AAAGUAGACUGGGGAAAUUCUCGAGGAAAUGGAAACAGAACAGACGCUUCCUUUCGCUGGGUGCUUUAAGGCGUACGCCUGUUCGAGGGUGAUGCUUCUUCUCCUGCUGUUCGUUCAUCCAGCAGCAGCGUCUUCCAGCCUCUGCCAGGACCUCUGCAUCUGCUCCAGCGACAUCCUCAGCUGCCCCCAGAGGAACCUGACGACUCCGCCCACGCACCUGCCUCGCUACACCGCCGUACUGGACCUCAGCUUCAACAGUAUCUUGCGAUUGCGUGCCGACUGGACCGCUGUAUCGCUCCGCAGUCUGCACACUCUCCUGUUGAGCCACAACAACCUACACUCGCUGUCCCCGGAUGCGUUCACGAAGGUGAAGCGCCUGAAGCACCUCGACCUGUCCUCGAACAACUUAACGUACCUGGACGAGUUCGUCUUUGAGCCGUUGCCGCACCUGGAGGUUCUGAUGCUCUACAACAACCGGAUCGGUCUGAUCGAUCGCUUAUCGUUCUCUGGGCUGUUAAGUCUGCAGAAGCUUUACCUGAGCCAGAACCGGGUCACUCGCUUCCCUCUGGAGCUGCUCAAGGACCGGAACCGUCUGGACAAGCUUCGUCUGGUGGACGUCUCCUUUAAUCGAAUCAGAUCUCUACCUCUAGCGGAGCUGAAGACCGUUCCCACCUGGCUUAAGGACAGCGUCUACUUUCACGGCAAUCCGUUGCUCUGCAGUUGCGACUUGUACAGCGCCCUCAGCGGGUGGCAGCAGCGAGAUCUGCGCCCGGUUUCCGAAUUCACAGAUAAUCAUACAUGUGUGCAAUCAUGGUCACCUAUCGGUGGAGGCAAAACCAGCAUCCUGCAGCUCCACCUGCAGCUAAACUGCAGUGAAGUCCGAGUUCGAGACGAAGAGGCUUUUCUAAACCAGAUUCUCAUCUUAGACUGUGAUUCACGCUUUAGGGACGCAACUAAGAAUUGGAUAGCGCCCCCGCUGGUCAACCAGAGCAUUCUUCUGCCAUUGCCUGAUGGGCAGCUGCAGUUGGGGCCACUGCAGGCGGAGGAUUCGGGCGAGUACAGGUGCGUGGUGGAGGGUGAGGGUGUAAACGAGACGGUGGUGGUAACGGUGAGGGUCUACAACUCUACCUACGGUUUCGGGGAUGGUCUGAACACAGCCUACACCACGCUGGGCUGCUGCAUACUCACCAUCGUUCUUGUGUUCAUCUACCUGUACCUUGUCCCCUGCCCAUGCUGCCCCGGCAAGGCAAAAAUGGCGUACGAAGAAAGCUGCUACGCCUCCAACCUGAGCCUUACAAACCCUCCUGACCCACAGGGGGCGCCACAUGUGGCCUUCUACGAAGGUAAAGACCAGAACGGUGGCGUAAAGUGUGAUGCGGAGGAAAACGAUGAGGAUGGGGAUAGAUGAAUACAACGAUAAAUACAAACAAAAGGAAAUACUUUGAUAGAAAUGCUGUAAAUGUAACAUAUAAAGUUGUACAUGGUGUAAAAGACAGACAUAAAAAGUGGAGAUGCAAACUUUUUGUUUUGUUCCAACACUGACAAUUUACCAUGUUACAUAAAAAAAAAACUACAACUCAGCACAGAGAACUACAGUUUGAUGUGUGACGUUUUAAUUGGCUUAAUU